GUUUACGUUUUAUUUGUUGUUUUCUGUGAAAAUGUCUUCAAAAAGGUCUCGAGGAAAGAACUUUACCGAGCAAGAAGAACAUGCUCUGCUCGAUCUCGUGCUUCUGAACAAGGAUAUUCUGCAGGACAAGACAAAGGAUGCCGCCACUUGGCGAAGAAAGGCCGAAACGUGGGAGCGACUGACCAUGGAAUUUCAGGCACAAACGGGAACGGAUCGAUCGUGCGCUGCACUUCGCGAAAAGUACGAUAAUAUGAAGAAAAACUUGCGGAAUAAGUACAGAGGAGUUAAGCACUUUAAAAGGGAAGCGGAGCUCCAUUCCGCUGUUAAUUCCAACGCCUGUCACACAGGAAUCACCGACAGUCCACUGGAGAACCAGUUUUAUAGUGACGGAAAUUUCCAAUUACUGAGCGCAGCCAAAGAAGAAAAUCCUUCAAUCAGCUCACAAAACUCAGAUAACUCUCAAUUGCUGCAGUUUUUUAAGGAAAACAUUAAUGAUAUCGAGGAAAUCGAGUCCGUGGAUUAUUCCCAAAGAUGGAAGAGGAGAAUAUUGGAAACUUGCAGCUCCCCUGUAACGCCGAUGGUCAAAACAUCAACUCGCGUUGAGGAGGAGCAGGUGGAAUUGUUUAGGUUACAGCAGCAAUAUUAUAAAGAUCAGAAUGUAAGAGCUGCUGAGAAGCACAAAUAUGAAGUGGAGAGGGAACUAAUAGAACUACAAACGGCUCGAAUAAAAAACCAGUUAAUUGAAAUGGAAAUUGAAUUGAAGCGCGAAGAAUUGGCUAAACUGAGGCAAAGGUCUUUGACAGAAACUAAUUUUACAAAUGGCUGAUUUUUCUAAUUUACAUUGUAUAUAGCAUAGAAAUAUUCGCAGACGUUUUUAGGAAGGGCAUUUAGUGUAUUAAGCUAUCAUAAAAUCCAUUAAUAAUUAAUAUCACAUUCAAAAAACACUACAAUUGCAAACCAACCCAUUAACAUUUAAUCAAGUUUGUACAUAUGUAUAAGUCAUACAUAAGUAUUUAAGCAUUAUAAAAAAGUAAGGUGGAAUAAAGAAACCAUUGCUAUUUUCA